UCUUCUCGGGUAGCGCCAGGGAGCCCCACAGGGUACAGUUUCUGUGAGGAUCGGUCAUAAUUUAGAUAUGAUUCAUAUUCCAAUAAUCUGAAUCGGACUCAUUGAUUUCAGUGUGUGAUCGGCCGAUGUCGUCAUCGACGCUCAUCCUCUCACUGCCUUUCCCCACUUUUGAGAGAAGGUGAAGCCUUUAGAAUAACACCGCUGGCCGCAAUGAGACGAAUAACGGGAAAGGCGAAGGAUGAAACUUUGAUCGAGCUGCAAAGCGCGACGGAUUCACAGACCGGAGAUGGCCUUGCAGUUUUGACCGCAUUCAGGAUAAACCUGCACCCAGAUGAAAACGGUGGAAAUGAUGUCAAUUCAUUACCUGAAAGAACAACACUGCCUGGACAUAUAGAGACUGACAAACUACAACCGAACAAAGACACCGUGUUCUUCAGGGACGGAGUUCGGAGGAUAGACUUUGUGUUGUCCUAUGUAGAUGACAAAGAUGGAGAAAAGAAACAGGAGAGGCGGAGGGCCUUUGAGGCCAACCUUAAGAAGGAAGGACUGGAGCUGGAAACAGAGGACAAAUCGGACUCCAAAGACCAAAAGACAUAUUUCUUGAAGAUUCAUGCGCCGUGGAAUGUACUGGCCAGAUAUGCUGAGAUCUUAAAGGUCAAAGUUCCCUUCAAAAAGAGUGAUUUCCCCCACGCUGAGGAUGUCCCACUGGAGUGGCUCUCACAACCUUUCCGCUUGCCAGAGCCCAUUAUGCGUCCACAACCUGACUACUACACCUACCCCUUCGAAAAUAGCAAGACCGACUUCUUCCUUAUCACUAACAAAGAUACUUUCUUCCCGCCUUCCACGAGAAACAGAAUUGUGUACUACAUCCUGUCUCGUCGCCCGUACUACAAAGAGGGUCAGACAGAGAAAGACAAGACGGGAAUCAAGCGACUGCUCAGCAAUGGGACGUAUACAACAGCCUUUCCACUACAUGAUUGUCGAUACUGGAAAACGGCAAGAAACACUGAGUGUGAGAGUGAGCGCAACAACUUGUACAAGCACUGGGCCAGGUUCCUUUGCUUUUACAAAGAGCAGCCUCUCAACCUCAUCAGGAAGUACUAUGGGGAGAAGAUUGGGAUCUACUUUGCCUGGCUGGGCUUCUACACUGAGAUGCUGUUCUUUGCAGCCGUCAUGGGCGUUAUAUGUUUCACCUAUGGAGUGCUCAGUUAUGACGACAACAUGUCAAGCCACGAAAUAUGUGACGCCAAUAUCGGAGGUAGUAUCGUGAUGUGUCCGCUUUGUGAUAAAAAGUGUCCUUUCUGGAAGCUCAACUCUACGUGUCUCUCGUCCUGGCAAUCCCAUCUGUUUGACAACGAGGGAACGGUUUUCUUUGCCAUAUUCAUGGGGAUUUGGGCAACUCUGUUUUUGGAGUUCUGGAAGCGACGUCAAGCCCGGCUGGAGUACGAGUGGCACUUGGUGGACUUUGAGGAGGAACAGCAGCAGCUUCAAACCCGGCCUGAGUUUGAGAUCCGAUGCACUAAGGAGAGACUCAACAAGAUCACUCAGAAAAUGGAGCCGUAUCUUCCUGUCACCAGCAAGUGUGCCCGCUUCUGCCUCUCGGCUGCCACUGUUAUAUUCUGGAUUUCUCUGAUAGUGGCCUGUAUUAUCGGGGUCAUAGCAUACAGGCUGGCUGUGUAUGCUGCUUUUGCAAGUAUCAUCAAAGACCCCUUGAGGAAGAUCCAGUUGGUGGGCAGAUUCAUCACUCCACAGCUAGCAACGUCUGUCACCGCCUCCUGCAUCAACUUUGUCAUCAUCAUGAUCCUCAACUUUUUCUACGAGAGGGUGGCCGUUUGGAUCACUGAUAUGGAAAUCCCAAAGACCCACGUUGAGUAUGAGAACAGGCUGACCAUGAAGAUGUUCCUCUUCCAAUUUGUCAACUACUACUCAUCGUGCUUCUACGUGGCCUUCUUCAAGGGGAAAUUUGUUGGUUUUCCUGGUGACUACACAUAUAUGUUUGGCAAAUGGAGCAACCUGAGGAAUGAGGAGUGUGACCCUGGAGGGUGUCUGAUUGAGCUGACCACACAGCUGGUGAUUGUAAUGUCAGGAAAACAACUCUGGGGGAACAUUCAGGAAGCUCUGCUGCCGUUGAUACGUAACUGGUGGAGUAGCAGAAAGGGACGGCACCAUCCUGAGAACCAUUACAGCCGUUGGGAACAGGACCACGUCCUGCUGAACUUCAGCCAGCUGGGAUUGUUUUAUGAGUACUUGGAGAUGGUGAUCCAGUUUGGUUUCAUCACAUUGUUUGUGGCCUCUUUCCCUUUGGCUCCGCUGCUGGCUCUGUUCAACAACAUCCUGGAGAUCAGGGUGGACGCCUGGAAGUUCACCACCCAGUUCAGGAGACCAAUAGCGUCCAAGGCCCGAAACAUCGGAGCGUGGCAGGAAAUCCUCAACGGAGUGGCCAUUUUGUCUGUUGUUACCAACGCUUUCAUAAUGGCGUUCACCUCCGACAUGAUCCCCCGUAUGGUCUUCCUGUAUGCCUACGGUAAAGAUGCCAGCAUGAGGGGAUACGUUAACAACAGCCUGUCAAUAUACAACAUAUCUCAGAUACCUGAGCGCAACAUGCCCGAGGAGCGAGGCGACUGGUUUGAUAACUCCACCACCUGCAGAUACCGUGACUACCGUUACCCUCCAGGCCACCAGAAGGAGUACACUCACACCAUGCAGUUCUGGCACAUCCUGGCAGCCAAAAUGGCCUUCAUUAUUAUCAUGGAGCACGUUGUGUUUGUGGUGAAGUUCUUCGUGGCGUGGAUGAUCCCCGACAUCCCUUCAGGCGUGAAGGCUCGGUUUAAAGAAGAACGCUACCGGAUUCAAGAGGAACUGCAUACCUACGAGGUGAAGAGGGUCAAACUCGAGCUGAGUGCCAGUUUCAUCACAGAGCCGCAGUCAGAAAUGUCCUUGAUGACAGACAAGCAUGAAGUGUUGUCUGAGUGACUGUAGGCUCAAGCUUCGAGCCACAAACGGACCGAGAGCAUCCAUAUACAAGGGCUCCUGUCUUUGGGUUGAAAACACUAUUAUCUUUUAUUGCUGAAUGGACUCCUAUAUUAGGAUGCAACAUUUUGCUUAAAAUCAGCUUUUUGUGCGGAUAAAACAUUCCUGUGCCAUAUCUUUAGUGGGGGAAUAACAGCAAAGAGCAAAAAGAUUGUAAGUGCAGCCUUUAUCAUUCCCCGUGUAAGGUCUUCCGACUGAAAAAGACUAAUCUCUGUAUGUGCCGGUAGUUUGUGGUGUUGAAUAUGUGACAUUAGGGGUAAUUACCCUUUAAAGAGUUGGCUGUGAUAUCAUUGAUUAAAUGUUCUGCAUGUGAUUCUUCUGAUUAGAAUACAAGAUCAAGGACCCGACUGUUUAGAAAAGAAAAUAUGUCAGUUUUAAAAAUGUUUGUGGUUAAAAAAUUCAUAUCAUUUUAGAGAUAUAUCUUAUACAUCACAUAUCCUUUUUCUGUCAUUUAACUGUAGACUUACAACUUUACUUUUUUUAAAAUUGGUAGCUACAUAAUGUUAAGCUCCACUGAUCUAUAGCUGGGCUAUGAGAUUGUUAUGAGAGGUAGUUUAGAAAAAGUCUCUUAACCAAGUACCUCCAUCAUACUGCUGUGAUACUGUAACAAUCAGAAGUGUGGGUCCGCCCUGUGUUAGUAACUUGGUGACAGCAGCUGCAGGCUCGUGUAUCUCAUCUUCCAAAUGUAUUUCUAACUUGCUGCGGGACCAAUUAGAAGAUUUCUACCAAGAGAAAAGACUCCACAAAGAAAAUCUCUUAACAAUCAGUUUAUGUGCGUGAGUUGAGGUCGAUCAUGUGUCGACUUUACUGUGUGUUACACAUGGAUAAUAAAUGGCCUAUAUUUCUGUUUUCAGAUUUCACAUUAUUGGUGUCUCCACAUACUAGGCAUAAACAAUUAUAACCGCCAUAACAGAGAUAGACAGAAAGGAGAAGAACUUCUUGGGCCCUGGUUGGGAUACAUGUGAGUGAUGAUUUCAGUGAGGGACUUUUAGUAACUGGUUCAUACUCUGGUUACCAAGUGUUCCUGUUAAUAUAAAUAAUACAUCAUAUAUUUAAAUGGGUUGCAGUGUAAUUACCUGAUUGAUCUGCUUCUGCUCUCUAGCCUGAAGCUUUUGUAUUUGGAGUUACUUAUCAAUUUAUUUGCAACACCUGAUUUCUUAUUUUGCACUAUUCAUUGACUCAUAACGACUAUUGAGCAGUGUUAGUUCAGACAGUUAUUCAAGUACAUUUAAUUCUAUAAAUGGCUUCUUUGUCAAGGGACCCUUUUUUAGAUACAGAAUCACUUUUUAUCCUCUUUAGCUUAACAUGUAUUAAGGUUUUUCUGUGUUUGUAUUGAAACCUCUUUGUAUUUUACUGUAAAUGAUGCAGUUGUGAUUUGAGAUAUCAGCUAAUUAUAUUUGACAGUCAAAAGCUAAGCCUGAACAACUCACAUCUCAGGAUUAAACAUCUGCUCAUGUUUGUUGGGCGUCACUUGUUGAUAAAGAAUGCAGAUGUCAGACGUGUGCAGAGCGUGUUCCUGCAACAUGUAUGAUGUAUUUCCCAACAAACAAAUGCCUUAAACCUCUGUGCUUACUUGUUUUUGUAUGAUUUUGUAUUGACAGUUUCCUAUCUGAAUUCUAAACCUAUUUCAUAAAACAUGUUGCUGCUGCUAGUCAUUGCAAAGUAACGUUUUUCUUGCAUGAAUUGCUUUAAAUAUCUUUGUCAGUUCUAUUCUAAGUUCAGUGUCGAUUGUACAAAAAUGUAGGAAAGCUGUUAAUAUUCACAAAAAAUAAAGAAAUAACUAGU